AUGUUAGACUUGAAGAGAAAGGCAGUCAUUCAAAGAAUAAAUCGAAACGCGCGUAGAAAGGCUAAACGCGAUCAAGAUAAACUAAAAUCAACAAAGCCACAUAGGACACCUAAUCGAUUUAUGCUCUAUCGUAAGCAUGUACAAGAAUUGCUAUAUAAUGAUCCUGAGCAUCCCAACGACAUGAGGAACUUAUCAAGGGAAAUCGGUGCAAUGUGGAAAAAGGAGCCUCCGGAAAUCAAAAAGUAUUGGGAUAGGAAAGCUGCAAAGCUUAAAUUGAUGUCAAAAUAUAGAUCGUCCUUCGACAGGGUUAGAGGAUUGAAUAUGACAAUUUCGGAGGAUGAACUUCCUUUCGUCAAUGCCACCGCUUCAUCAACCACGGUUUCUGCUGCCAAUAACGAGAAUUAUUGCACAUCCCCUAUAAGUUUUAUAUUCGAAUCGCCUGAAUCGGAUAUUACGAGUAAUUCCGAAUAUUCUGACAACGGUUCCGUUGACUCCCCGCCACAAAUGGUCGAAACUUCCGUAUCUGAUGAUGCAUUUUUUUCAUCAUGGUUAGAUGAAUCGGAAGAUUGUAUUAUGGAUAACUCAUUAUUUGAUAUGUAUUUCGAUUUACAACAAUAUGGUGAUUUGCCACCUUUGUUUAUGUUGGAUGAGAAUUAUCCACAGUGA